ACGGCCCGCCCUCCCCUGCCACGGCACCGCCCCGGGGCUCCGCCGGGCGGGCGGGGCUCGGACCAUUGCCGCUGCCGCCCGAGACCCCGCUGCCGCCCGGCCCGGCCCGGCCCGGCCCUGCCCGGCCCGAAAGGACCCGACGCGACACCGCGGCGCUGGGCGCUCCGCGGGAGCGCGCCCCCCGCGCCGUGACGUCACCCGCGCCCCCGGGAACCCGAGCCCCGCUCCACGGGGCGGAGUGCGGCAGGGGGAGGGGGAGAGGAAGGGCGGCCCCGCGCAUGCGCAGCACGGCGCAGCGGCGGGCAUAUAAGGCAGCGUGGCAGGGGCGGUCGGCGGGAUAUCGCUGAGGGCAGCUGGAGGUGGCGGUACGGGACCCGGCCGACGCGAGCGGAGCAGCACCAGCACAGGGACGAGGCUCUCGGCUGCCUUCUUGCCAGUCACCCGCCGACCCUCCUCCUCGACGCCGAGCCGCCGCCAUGGUGAAGAGCGUGGGCAGCCUGUCUGAAUUUGAGGCAGAAUUGCAGUCUGCUGGUGAGAAGCUUAUAGUCGUUGACUUCUCUGCCACAUGGUGUGGACCAUGCAAAAUGAUCAAGCCCUUUUUCCACAGUUUGUGUGAGAAGUAUGGCGAUGUGGUGUUCAUCGAAAUUGAUGUGGAUGAUGCCCAGGACGUUGCUGCACACUGUGAUGUAAAGUGCAUGCCAACGUUCCAGUUCUACAAGAAUGGGAAAAAGGUCUUCCUCAGAAAACCAAACACAAAACUGUGGCAGGAAGAACAAUCUGAUAAGGAGGUCUGGGAGGCAGUGGGUGCUGUACUCAGUUUAGCUGAGCAGAGGUUAAACUAUACUGUGGAUCCUUCUUUUCAGUGGAGAUUUCAUGCAGUCCCUCUGAGAGGCGAGCCUGGAAGAAGAGCAAGGCCUGGAACCAUGAACAGGCCUCAGGACUCUGAAGCCUUCUGGCAACAGAAAUGCAAUAGAGUCAGUUUUAGCACCACCUAGCAGAACAGCCCCAAGCACUUUCAAGCUUAGUAGGAAGUGGAGUUCGUGUUCAGCUAGUUAUGAGGGGCUGAGGACAGGAACAGAAGGCAUCUCCCCACACUGCAGGUAAAGGCCAGCAGCAAGCUAAGCUGUGGGGGACCUGCUUGGAGCUGUUGCUGUCUAGCCGGGUUGCGGUGUGAGAGACGAACAGCCAGUCAGGGGGUGUGGGAGCAAGGUAAGAGCAAAGGAUCUGAGGUUUGUCUUGCUCUCUUCAAUGCAGGCUGCACCAGAGGUGCUGGGGAUUUGAUUCAUCUGGGAACAGGGCUCCCAUAAGAAUGGACACUGGCUGGAUUGUGUUGUCCUGUCCCCUCCUGUGGGCACCUGCCCUGGAGGACCAUGAGAGGAGCUCAGCAGGAAGCAGUGCACUCCUGGAACAGCCCCUCAGUUUCAGCCAGCACAGCUAUUUGCAGCAACUCCUGGGGCUUCCUGAGGCCACCCUUGGUGUGGCAGACAAUGGUGAAUUUCUAAAGGCUGGUCCCUGCUGGGUCCUGAGCUCAGGCAGGUUAUUAUUGCCCCCAGCCUCAGCUUGAAUUCUCUUAGGAACAGGACACAAAAGUUGCAA